AAGGACCAUGCAGACAUCUCAUUUCCACCCUCAGUCCAUUCCCCUUAUCCAUUCUGUCCUAGUUAGAGUGUUUUCCUCUCGAGUUCAGUCCUGUAGCAGAGUGCAGGGGAAGAUGAAGCUAAAGCUCCUCUGUCUGUUUACUCUUGUGCUCUUAACCCUGACUGAAUGGCCAAACCUGAGCGAAGGGGCCGCAGCUCGUAACUGCACAGUUAAGCCAGGAAUCUGUCCUCGCCGGAAGUGGGGUUCAGGAAUGUGUGCUGAAUACUGCACUAAAGACGGCGACUGUCCCAACAAGGAGAAAUGCUGCUAUAACGGCUGUGGCCACGAGUGCAUCACCCCUUACACAGUGAAGCAUGGUCGAUGCCCCAUGCCUAAGGGGACCCCGAUGUGUGCGGAGUAUUGCUAUCAUGAUGGUGAGUGUCCCGGAGAGGAGAAGUGCUGCAGGACCACAUGUGGCCACGCCUGCAGUGAACCCUGCUAGUUAGAUCUGGUACAUGGACAGACAUUUAGACCAAUAAAGAGCAACCCUCUUAUGGGAGAUCUACCCUUCUAUUCUAAAUGCACCCCCCCCCAAAAAAAUACCCUAACCUGUCAAGCUAGUAACGUCCCUCGGACAAAUCCUGGAUUGGUUUAAACUGACUAAACUUUGUAGGAAGGUAUUUCUCCGUUAAUGAGUGUGGGAGAAAAAAUAUCCAGUCUGACCUUUUUUGGAAACUUAGCAGGUUGUUGAUCAUUUAACUAUAUUUAUACACCAUUUUUAUGCUGAUACCAUUUUUAUUCUGUACCCAUGAAUUCAAUGGAAUAUUUUUCUCCAUUGAUUUUGUGUGUGUGUGUGUUUGUUUAUGUUUGUAAUGUCAUUAUUAAAACCCAUUGUAUCUUUUGGUAAA